AUGGGCUCUCAGGGCUCUCUUGCUGGACUUCAAGAUGGUCUUCGGUCACAUUAUACUGGCUUGGACCCACUUGACAAAUUCCUAAAGGCAUGCAACGUUUUCUUCUGGCCUAUUUUCCAUGGUACCUCACCUGCUUUAUCCCUCUAUGCGAUUGCAUUUGCAGGCUCCAUGAUCCCGAUGUGGUUAAUCCUCCUCAUGCAUACGUGCGUGAAGAGCUCAAUUGUGGAAAUAGUCAUGAUGUACGUAUGGGCUCACAUUGUAUAG